AUGAACGCUACGGGGUCCCCGGCGAAGGCUCCCGACGCCUGCUGGCAGCUGGCGGCCGGCGGGCACAGCCAGCUCAUCAUCCUGCACUACAACCACUCGGGCCGGCUGACGGGGCGGGCCUCGCCGGAGGACGGGGGCCUGGGCGUGCUGCGGGGGCUCUUCGUGGCCAUGAGCUGCCUGGUGGUGCUGGAGAACCUGCUGGUGCUGAUGGCCAUUGUGACCCGCAUGCGGUCCCGGCGCUGGGUCUACUACUGCCUGGUCAACAUCACCCUGAGCGACCUGCUCACCGGCCUGGCCUACCUGGUCAACGUCCUGCUGUCCGGGGCCCGCACCUUCCACCUGGCGCCGGCCCACUGGUUCCUGCGUGAGGGCGUGCUCUUCAUGGCGCUGGCCGCGUCCACCUUCAGCCUGCUGUUCACCGCCGGCGAGCGCUUCGCCACCAUGGUGCGGCCGGUGGCCGAGAGCGGCGACACCAAGCGGGGCCGCGUGCUGGGCUUCAUCGGGCUGUGCUGGCUGCUGGCCGCGCUGCUGGGCCUGCUGCCCCUGCUGGGCUGGAACUGCGUGUGCUCCUUCCCCAGCUGCUCCAGCCUGCUCCCGCUCUACUCCAAGGCCUACAUCCUCUUCUGCGUGGUCAUCUUCGCCUGCAUCCUGGCCACCAUCAUGGUGCUCUACGGGGCCAUCUUCCGGGUGGUGCGGGCCAACGGGCAGAAGGCCUUGCGCCCCCCCUGCCGCCGCAAGGCCCGCCGGCUGCUCAACACGGUGCUCAUGAUCCUGGUGGCCUUCGUGGUCUGCUGGGGCCCCCUCUUCGGCCUGCUGCUGGCCGACAUCUUCGGCUCCAACCUCUGGGCGCAGGAGUACCUGCGGGGCAUGGACUGGAUCCUGGCGCUGGCAGUGCUGAACUCGGCGGUCAACCCGCUCAUCUACUCCUUCCGCAGCCGGGAGGUGUGCCGGGCCGUGCUGGGCUUCCUGUGCUGCGGGUGCCUCCGGCUGGGCCUGCGGGGACCCGGGGACUGCCUGGCCCGGGCCGUGGAGGCCCACUCCGGAGCCUCCACCACGGACAGCUCGCUGAGGCCCAGGGACAGCUUUCGGGGCUCCCGGCCGCUCAGCUUUCGGAUGCGGGAGCCCCUGACUAGCAUCUCCAGCGUGAGGAGCGUCUGA